CACCGGAAGUGCAACACUCGCUGUUGUUGUCAGACGCAUGCGGCUCCGGUUUACUGAUAAAACGAUCCAACGUGUCAAACUUUUCCGGACAAACAUUGCGCUUCGAGGGAUCACGGUCACUCUUCUCUCUUUCACGGCAAAGGGCAACCGACCUCGCAACUAGACUAAACAUCCGAAGAGUCGGGACGGACAUCUCCUCCUCAAACCUGCUCUCUGACCACACACACCUCCCCCCUCUCUCCUCAGCUGGCGACGGCACCCGGAGCUCAGCGUUUACAAUGUCCCAGGCCACCAAACGCAAACACGUGGUGAAGGAGGCCCUCGGGGACUUCGUCACGCCCACAGAGAACCAGCAGAUCGUGAAGGUUACCGGUAGCCGUGGCAACAACCUCCACGAAACGGUCACGGCUCUGGGCGAGACCUUCCUGGUGAGCAUGCCCACCAAGUUCCGCAAGAACCUCUGGAUCAAGAGAGGUGACUAUGUGAUUGUUGAUCCAAUUGAGGAAGGAGAGAAGGUGAAGGCCGAGAUCAGUUUCAUUCUCUACAAGGAUCACAUUCAGUAUCUGCAAAAGCAACAGCUCUGGCCAGAGGGGUUCAUGGUGGAGGUGUCGGCGCCGGACAAGACAAGCGAACCACAGGGGACAGAGGAAAAAGACGAGGAAGAGGGGGCGAGCGACUCUGAAGACGACGAGAGCGACCUUUUUGUCAACACCAACCGCUGUAACUAUCAGUACAGCGAGAGUGAGGAGGAGGACGACGACGACGACGACGACAAAAGUGAGGAAGACAAUAAGGACAAAUAGGGAAGGGAAAAAAAUGGUUCACAGCGGGACGCCGAGGACACGGACGAUCAAGAGCGAGAGUUGAGAAAAUUGUGUGACAGUCCGCUCUGCUCUGCUGCUGUCACCACUGACUGAUGUGAUGUGCUGGUGCUCAGGCAGCAGCGCCCUCUGCAGCUGAUUGACAGGCGGAGACGCUGAGUGACCGGGCUCACUGAGGGACCUUGAACUGGCAAAGUAAGGACAAAGUCUGUGUUACUUGUAAGAUGAAUCAAUAAAAUAUAACAGAGAGAGAUGGAUAGACAUUCUGUACUUUCAUCUCUCGUUUCCUUCCUGGCCUUCAGUGGAUCCACUACUGUGUUGCCUGUGCAUAUAUAUACGCCGGCAAUAUGAUAUAUAUUUGCAGGUUAAUGCAAACAGGUAAACUGUUAUGUGUCUCCUCUGUGGGAGAACAAUAAAUAGAAACGCAUACAUUGCACCUCUCUGAAGAAUCCAUUGUUGUCGCUGUUGCGUAAAUACAUUCCUGUUAUUUUUUUUUCCACUUUCUCGAUUGAGGAGUAUGGAACACACACAUUUUUUUAGAUUUAAGGAUAAUUUUUCUAGUAUUCAUCAUUCGCACACACUUAAGCAUCUACCUAUUUAGACUUCAUCUGCUGUUUAGUCGUCUUUAGAGUGGUCUAAAAGGGGGAAAGGCCUUCAUGUUGUCUCUUAGGAGAUUUAAUUUCUCCUUGUACUGUAAACACAAGGUGUAUAUAUAUAGUGUUUGAAAAGUUAUGUAACUUUACUGUCAUGUCUCUCUUUUGGCUAGAAAUGGUGGUGGUAGAAAUAGUGGGUCACAUGCCGGCCUUUCAUCCACUGGAGUUCAAAACCGUGUCACUUAGUCAAUUUGUUAUCUUCAUUUUUUUAAUCUAAAGUGUAAGAUUUUUUCUUAAAUGUUUAUGCCAGCGACACUUGUUCGUCCACUGCAACCUGCUUUAUAUGCCGACACCUGGUUUACCCCCGACUUUCAGGCAGAAAGCCGUUGCCAACUUUAACAUUUAUAGACCAAAGACGUGGCAGGGAUGUUACAUUCCUUUCUAACAAUAUAUACAAUCUAAAAGGAAACUGUGUUGGUUCCAUCUAGACUGGGGCACAUUUAAAAUUAAUAUUAAAAAUACACAUUUUUUCUGAAUAUCUGACCUGAAAACAUGUCUCUGAGGGAAUGCCUUUCAGGUUUUCCAGAGCGGAGUGUGGUGUGGCGAGAACUUCCAACACCUUUCCGGUAUUACCAGUCCUUUGGAGAAUGUUUCAAGUGUACCACUACCACAUUUUCUUACAGAAUUCAACUUUUCAUUUUUAAUGUCUUUCAUUUUACUUCUCAUUCAAAGAAACCGUUUUUCUUAUGGGAAUAAUUGUGCUGAAACAUGCUCAUGAAAAUAAACAAAUUCCACAAGUA